GGGCAUUGUGGGGAUUGUAGUCUGGAGGCCCAGCUCUGCGCACACGCUUUCCCCGCUUGGGGCGGGACUCUGGCUCCGGGCCGGCCGCAGGAGGAGCUGGGGAAGAGGCGGCUGGGGGUGCUCGCCGCUGCGCUGCUGCCGCCGCCGCCGCCUCGGCGAAGCCAGGAGGAAGCAAGUGGGGAGUCCCCUGUUGUCCCUCCGGGUCACCCCGUCGCUGAGAAGAGAGGCCGCCGCGGCUGGGAAGGGGCCGCGGGCGGCCAAUGCGAAAUUGGCUGGUGCUUCUGUGCCCGUGUGCAGUUGGGGUCGUGCUGCACCUUUGGCUGCUGCUCCUCAGCUGCCCGGCUGGUGGCCCCGGGCAGCAGCACGCGGCAGGUCUCUUGGCUUUCAUUCCGCACUGGAAACCGAAACACUAUGACGUCAUCGUAGGUGUACUUUCUGCGCGGCACAAUGCUGGGUUGCGGAACGCUAUAAGGAACACUUGGUUCAGGCAUUUGAAGCAGCAUCCACGACUGAGCCAACGUGUCCUUGUGAAGUUUAUAAUUGGUGCACGUGGAUGUGACGUGCCAGUGGAAGAUAGAGAAGAUCCUUAUUCAUGUAGACUUCUGAACAUCACUAACCCAGUUCUGAAUCAAGAAAUUGAAGCAUUCACUUUGCCAGAGGAUGAUACUUCAGUGCUCUCUGAAGACAGAGUUGUCAGUGUGCAUUUCAAAAUCCUUUACCCGAUCAUCAUCACCAGUCUUGGGGUGUUCUACGAUGCUAAAGGUGUAGGAUUCCAGAGGAACAUCACAGUGAAACUCUACCAGGCAGAACAGGAGGAGGCACUCUUCAGUGCUCGUUUCAGUCCACCAAGCUGCGGUGUGCAAGUGAACAGACUCUGGUACAAACCUGUAGAGCAGUUCAUUCUGCCUGAGAGCUUUGAAGGCACAAUUGUAUGGGAAAGCCAGGAUCUGCAAGGCCUUGUUUCUAGAAAUCUUCACAAAGUUAUGGUGAAUGAUGGUGGAGGAGUUUUCAGGAUCACUACGGCAGGGGAAGGGUCAUUGCCACAUGAAUUUACACAAGGUGUGGAGGGGAUUGCAGGAGGCUUUAUUUACACUAUUCAAGGAGAGGCUCUUUUACAAAGCCUGCAGAGUCGCCCGGAAAGGUUUAUUCAUCAUAUAAGUAAACUUGAAGAGGAGGAUGCCUCGCUGAAGGAAGAAAGUAACACUUAUGAUGAUAUUGUUUUUGUAGAUGUUGUUGACACCUACAGAAAUGUUCCAGCCAAACUAUUGAACUUUUAUCGAUGGACGAUAGAAGCAGCAAGUUUCAAUGUAUUGCUGAAGACAGAUGAUGACUGCUACAUAGAUUUGGAAGCUGUGUUCAACAGAAUAAAGCUUAAAAACUUGGGAAGACCAAAUACCUGGUGGGGAAAUUUCAGAUUGAACUGGGCAGUUGACCGGACUGGGAAGUGGCAAGAACUGGAGUAUCCAAGUCCCGCAUACCCAGCCUUUGCUUGUGGGUCUGGUUAUGUUAUUUCCAAAGACAUUGUAGAAUGGCUUGCAAGCAAUUCAGAGAGACUAAAGAUAUAUCAGGGUGAAGAUGUAAGUAUGGGCAUUUGGAUGGCAGCCAUUGGGCCAAAACGCUAUCAGGACAAUCUCUGGUUGUGUGAGAAGACAUGUGAGAGUGGGAUGCUAUCCUCUCCACAAUAUUCUCCAGAGGAACUCACAGAGCUGUGGAAAAUAAAGGAACUGUGUGGAGAUCCCUGUAACUGUGAAGAAAGAUGAUAAAGACUUGAUAAGGCAAAAUACAGCAUCAUCUGAACAGUGACCAAUAGUAUGGAAGACUUUGGAUGGGUUUUCAGUUUGGGUUAGAUAAAUUAUGAAGGGAAAGCCUCAAAGCAGUUUCUAAAAAAAAGAUUUUCCUACAUAAGAAAUUACAUGAAUCCCCGGAUAUAGUUUAUCACCUGUGACAAACAAGUGUCUUCUGUCAUUGCCUGUUUAUACCCCAAUACAAGAGAGAUGUGUAAAUUUAUCAUGGAUGGCGAGCUAGAUAUGGAAUCCACACGUUCUCCAUAGAUGUGACUUUGUGUGUGAAGUAGCCCUUGCAGCAAUGUUUGCACAUCCCCCUCUUUGCGUUAAAAGGCGGGGGGGGGGAGAGAUACCGACCAUUUUCAGUAUACUCUACAGUCAUUUUACAAAUCAAAUGUCUAAGUAAAAGCAAUUUUCUUGCCACUGGUAAAUGACGAAUGUAGAUAAACUUGCUCUUUUAUACACUAAUGCAUGAGAGGUCAGGCAGGCAGGUGUGCUUGUGCAAACAUUCUGUAAUUAGGCUAACAGUUCUGUGCCAACAUGCUUCAGGUCAGAUGGGGCUGAUUGCACAUGUGGCAUGGAAAGAGUUCUGGAAUUUGAACAAUGCUACUCUGAAAGGUUCAUUUGAUUCAGGGAAGUUGUUGAAUGCUGCAGUAACUCUGCCCUCCCCUGGUAGCUUAGAGGGAAGAGCCAGCCAAGAGCCCUUUCUCAAAAUGGAAUAGUGGGUAGAGGAGCAAAUGAGUCAGUAUGACUAUCUUUAAUGACGUAGGCAUUUCAUAUGUGCUAGUAAAACCUGACUGCUAGGUUGGGUGGCCAGUGAGAAUACCUCAGCUUUUAAUGUUUGAAUGUUUUGUUGCAAUUAUCUGUACAAUAAUGGAAGAGUUUGUUAAAAUCCUGACUUCUAUACAUAAGCAGCGUAGCACAACCAUAGAUUAAGACUGGUUACCUUAAAACUUUCCUUUUAUCUAAUGAGGCAUGAUAAUGUUUUCAAAAGGCAUUUAACACCACAAAGUACAGGAAACAGUAGUUUGUCGAGCAAGUAGUUUUCCAUCUUUUUAAAAAUCGAAGUUCUUCCAGAUAAUAUAUACAAUUAAAUAAAUCAACACAUCCACUUAAUUAGAAAGGCUCUGCUAGCAGCCCAUGAUUACUCUUCAAAAGCUGCAUAAAAGGCAGCUGUUACCAUCGUACUAGAAUGCAGUCUUGGUUUUCGAUCGAGUAAAACUGUAAGGGCUUUAGGUCAUUGUCCAGUUCAAAUUCUUUGCCUUUCAUCUAGGAGAAGGAGAGAGUCAGACGUUAGGUUCAUGCAUCUUGUACUUUCAUACCUUUUAAAAAUAUUUGGGAUCAAGCUACCUCUCUACUCAGAGGGACCUGAACAGUGCCCAGAACUAUGGUAUGCCUGCUCUCCUUUAAAGGAGUCAAUUCACUGAAUAGUGUGUUAGAGUGCAGUGUUUAUCUUUAGCAGCGUGACUAGUAGUAGUGUUCUGAAUUAAGUCUGAAUUCAUGUAUUGUUGCAUAACUGAACUUGAGCUUACUUUAGCACUUUCGUAGGAUAGUUUGAGUUCUGAACCUGGGAUUUUCAGUAGCCGAUACAGCAAUCCUUUGACCUUCUGAAUAGUCAUAGAAUCUGUACAAGGGGAAACAACAACAACUUUAAACUACAAAACAAUUACCAUCUGAUGCAUUACACCAUAGACAAGUUAUAGUAGACAACAAUUAUUAAUGUAGAUUUGAUUGAAUCUUUUACAACUUUGAGGAAGCAAUUACUAGCAUCUCCUCAAUUUGACAUUAAAGGUAGUAUUACUAAAUAAAACAAGAGGGAAAAUGUAACUAAACCAAAUUGGAGACUUUCCAGCUCAUGUAUACAACACAAUGACUGACCUAAGUGACCUUCAGGACUUUGUUUGUGGUAUUUGCUCUUUUUGUACUUUUAACACUAGGAGUGAAGCCCUUCCAUCUACAGAAAAUGAAUGUCAUUCUAAAUGGACUUUAUACCUUGAAGUCCCUAAAUCUGUUGAUGCUAAUCAGUUCCUCAUUGCCAGUAGCUUUAUGCACUUGUAUUAAGAACCAAUACGUCUGAACAUGAAAAGGUAUUUUUGUAGUGAGAUUUGAAUGAGUAAAUUAGUUUAUACAAAAUAUCUGCUCUAGAUUUGAACAAUGCAAGAUAUUGGCUGUUCCGGGUAACGUCCUCCCCCUCCCUCUACCAUUUAUUUUAAAGCUUUAUCUGAAGGCACAGCAAUAGUGAGUUUACUCUAUUGUCAUAAAAUGUACUUAAAUAUUUUUCUAUUAACUUUUUGGCAAAGCUGUAUCAUCUUGUGAUAAAUGUGAUUUUUAUUUUAGAAUAAAUACUUUUCAAAGUAGAA